AUGCUCCACCAGCAGCUGUCCUUGCAGCAGGCCAUAAUCACUGUGAGGGAGCGCCGAUGGAUCUUCCCCAAUCGUGGCUUCCUCCGCCAGCUCUGUCAGCUGGACCAGCAACUUCGGGGUGCAGGUCAGAGCUAAGGAGCCAGAGCCAGUCCUUACCCUCGGCCACCAGGCUCUACCAGGUUGCUACUCUUGCCCUGGCCCUAAUGGCAGCCUUAGUUCAAGUGGAUGCUCAGAAGAUGAAAGGGGCCCAGUGUGGCGCUCACCGUCGAACCCACCGUUCCAUCAGCUUCCUCCAUCGUUCCACAUGCCCUCUCAGCCGCUGUCUUCAGUCUCCACAGAAACAGCAUCAAGUGUGCAGAGACAGACGGCUGGAAGCCGGCAGCACAAACUGCGUGUCCGAGAAGACUACAGCCUGGGCAGGAUCUCCCUACAGGGCUACAGGGAUGUACACUGGGCAGAGACCACUGCAGCCUACCCUUGGCAUUUGCCUGCCAAAGUCUCUUUCCCAGACAUCUCGAUGUCCUGCUGUGAGAACACUAGCCCCACUUGGUCUAUGCUCUCCUGGAGGAGAAGGGAGACGGAGAGGGAACAGCAGAGGAGACCAUGAGAAAUGUGUUCUGAGGUUACAGCUAAAGAGGAUGGACUCGCUGCAGAAGCAGGAACUUCGGAGGCCAAAGAUUCAUGGGGCAGUCCAGGUGUCCCCCUACCAGCCACCCACACUGGCCUCACUGCAGCGAUUGCUGUGGGUCCGUCGGACUCCCACACUGACCCACAUCAAUGAGGUCUGGCCCAACCUUUUCUUGGGAGACGCUAUGGAAACAGAACACAGGUAUGCUGCCAGAGACAAGAGUCGUCUAAUCCAGCUGGGCAUUACCCAUGUUGUGAAUGUUGCUGCGGGCAAGUUUCAAGUGGACACAGGUGCCAAGUUUUACCGUGGAACACCUCUGGAGUACUAUGGCAUUGAGGCAGAUGAUAACCCUUUCUUUGACCUUAGUGUCUACUUUCUGCCUGUCGCUCGUUACAUCAGAGAUGCCCUCAAUACUCCCCGAAGCCGAGUGCUGGUCCACUGUGCCAUGGGGGUAAGCCGCUCUGCCACAAUUGUCUUGGCCUUCCUCAUGAUCUUCGAGAACUUGACACUGGUAGAUGCCAUCCAGACGGUGCAGGCCCACCGAGAUAUCUGUCCCAACUCAGGCUUCCUCCGACAGCUCCAGGUUCUGGACAACAGGCUGAGGCGGGAAACAGGGAGACUCUGAAUUAGGGAGCACCUGAAGCCCUGACCCCUCCAUCCAGCGUGGCCUAACCUGACCUACCUGGCCCUGGGAAUGGUAGCCUCUGCUGUUUCCAGAGAUCCUGAGAUGGCACCAGCAAGUCAGGGCUCUGCUGAGGCAGAGGCAGGGUGGGCUGGGUGGCACCCCUCAGCAAGUGGAGUCCCCUGACACAGUACAGAAAUUCUUUAUGCAGAAGAAAUUUCAGACUGUCUCUAUAAUAAA